AUGAUUCCUUUGCGGUUGAUGGUUCGUCGAAUGACUCACCUCGCAUCUAGGUUUACUGGACGAGGGGACGUUCAUGUGGUGGAUCCUUCCGUGGAUUUAAGACAUAUUUUCGAAGACACGGAGAAGUUGCGACGCUCAUUGGAGGAGCGCCGUAGUAAUGUUAGCAUCUCGGAAGUAAAGGAAAAGUAUGACUCGUGGUGGUCUAAAUAUCAGGCCUGGAAAGAAACCGACAGUUUGUCAAAGGAGGCAGUGACAUCCGCCAAAAAGGCGAUGAGAGAUGAACAGGCUGGUCUUCUGGCUGCUUUAGCUCUACCCAACUUUGUACAUGAAGUGGGUAAUACCGAGAAGCAGAUGUUGAAGAAAACAAAUCAUCUACAGUAUCUCACCCAGAAAGGUCAUAUGCGCGUUGAUAAUGAAAUCGGUGUUGUACAUCUUGAAGGAUACCCGGUACUACUGCAGAAUCAUCUAAAACUGCAGUUUCUUGAUAUGUACUCUCAUGCUAUCUUGGUCUCACCGUCAUGUUUUGCUCGAGCCGCCGUGCUUGAAGGGGUGAACGUUCCACUGCAGGACUUUCUACAAUUUACGGAUGGUUCAGAAAACUUUCCCUCUACAUUCUUAGUAUUUGAUUUCGCUCUAAGAGGUCCCGAAAAAAAGUUGAUUGCUCUCAAAAAUUCUGUAGAAUCGCGACUUCUACAAAGGCUUAUCAUGAUAAAAUUUCCUCUCAGAGUAAACUUGGACUAA